GCCCAAUCAGAAGCCAACUACACACAUUGAGGUGUACUCCCUUAAUGCGGGCUCCUGGAAAAUGUCUAGCACGGGGAGAAACUCUUAUCCGGAUGGGAUUACUAUAGAUUAUUCAGGCCGAUUCGCUGCUUAUUUAGAAGGGGCUGUUCAUUUUGCUGCGAAAAUGAAGAAAUCCAAUGAUCCGUUGAUUUUGUCGUUUGAUUUGUGUGAUGAGGUGUUUCAAACGAUGAUGUUACCAGAUGGUAUUGUAGGCCCGAGAACCGAGGUCCGGGCUUCAGUAUUUGGGGGAUUGCUUUCUCUGUUAUGUUACGAAGAUAGUGCUGUGUACAAGUCUUGUUCCAUUUGGAUAAUGAAAAAGUACGGUGUAGUUGAUUCUUUGUAUAAGCAGUUCACAAUUGAUCUAAGCAGAGGAAUUACACAGGUAUUAGGUAUACGGAAUAAUGGUCAUAUAUUAUUGGAGACAAAAGCACCAAGUGAUUGGGUGCUUUCUUCAUAUGACCCUUUGAGCCAACAAACUAAGAAUUUGGGAAUUUAUGCUACUUCAAACCAUUUUGUUGUUGAUACUUACGAGGAGAACCUAAUCUUACUCAACAAACCAAAUGAUGCAUUUUCUAGAAGGCGAGUGAGCAGGAAGAGGACAGACAGGGACCAAGGUUCUAAAGCACGAAUAGAGGCACUUAAGACUGAUAUUCAAAGGCGGAGAAAUGAAAUUGACCUCUGUUUAAAAGAGAUAAAGGAAAAUGUAAAGGAAGCAAAAGAGGCUGUAGCAAGAAUGGGGCCUCAACGACAGGCUGAGGUCUAUGCCAAAUUCCAGACUAUUUUUUCGCAAGUGCAACCCAUUGAUUUUUCAAGCAAUGUAAGUUUCUUACAACUUCCAUUUUAUUUAUGGAUAUUUUUUAUGACAAGUUAACUAAUGGAUAUACAAGAAAAGUAGGUUCAUGAUAAUGGGUAUUAAGGUACCUUAGAAAAAACUAUCCACUUGCGCGAAUAGUAUGGAAUUGGCAUUAACAUUUUGUUUUUGCAGAAUGAGUGGGAUUAACACUUGGAUGCUAGAGAAACAUAUUUGUAGGAAACGAUGUCGCUCAAAACUUGUUUGGGAUGUUGAAAAAAAAAUUUUUUUUUUAUUAUUUUGUGAGUUUUUUCUUGCAUGUAAUGGUGAUUACUACGGUGUUUAGUUGCAAGUUAUGGAGAGUAAUGUAGUAAAGAGUCAAAUUGCUACUUCAUAUGAACUGAACCAUUUUGAACAUGGCCCGAAGCAUGUUAAAGAGUCAAAUUACUAAUUCAUAUGACUUAGGGUCUCAUGAGUGAUGAAGUGCCAGUGGCUCACAGCUGGAGUGCUCGGCCACCGUAUAUAUAUAUUUUUCUGAUCAACAUGUGGUCUCUUUUGUUACGAUGUGUGUGUUGAUCACGCAGCGGAGACACUAUUGCCAUUGAUGCUGGCCCACCAUGGCCUUUGCCAAAAGAGUAAAUGCUGAAGCCUUUUUCCUCUUUUUUUUCUCAUUGGGCCAAGAAUACUUUUAAUUCAUGCUGACACUGUGUAUCUAAAGUUGGGCCCACACAUUGAAAUGAUAUCCUCUCUUCACUUGGCUUAGUUUUCAUCUAAGCCAGGCAAAUUGUGUUUCCAAGAGUCAGGCCCACCUUUUUCUCAUGAACUCCACUUUAAUUAAUCCUGAUAAUGUAAAUUAAACUCUAGAACACAAUUAAGCAUAAAUAGUAGGGAUUAACAUUAAAGGAAUGUGACUUUGCUUUGCCUACAUAAUAAAUCAAUAUAAUUAUUCAAUUUUCUGCUUUCAUCAGUCAUU